AUUUAUUAGCGAGCAAUUACAGUGAAAGUCGAACGUGCGAGUGAUGUUCAAAGAUGCUGAAAUUGAAGCCAUUGCUAUAUUUCCCAUCCGCUAGACCACAUACUGUGGCCACAGAAGCUUCAACUGUUCCUCUCCGACUCGCCGGAUCUCCGGUCGCCGACAAAAGUUCCGGUUUCUUUCCGUUGAAUUCACGCAAAGAAUUUCCUCGUAAACUAUUUCCCAAUUGCCGUCGCUUAAUCCACCCUUCUCUUUCUGUAUCAAUGGAAUCUGCUUCCGGCGCUAAGACGACAUCGUCGCCGUCCGUGUUGAAGCUGAAACCCAUAGAAGCAACCCCUGAGAGUUUUAAAGAGUUCGGUCAAGUAAUUGAGGCGUCCCCAGAUGGGGAAGAAUUUGGACCUCGUGAUGCUCACCUUGACUUGAGUCGUGGCAUUCCUAGGUUUUACAUUAUGCAGCUUAAAGAUCGGUCGCUCAGAUUUUCUAAGAUAACGCAUCAUGCCAACGUGACCCAAUGUCUUGGAUCAAUUGGAGGCAAUGUUUGGUAUCUUGGAGUUGCUAAGCCAUCUAUUGUGGAUCCAGCUGAUACAGGUGCUGAUAUUGUGCAGUCACAUUGUGGGCACUUUUAUGUGCCUCCUGCUGUUGAUGAAGUGCAGGCUUUCAGAAUUUCAGGUCCAAAGUUUAUAAAGCUGAAUCAUGGUACAUGGCAUGCUGGGCCACUAUUUACAGAUGAUAAAAUGGACUUUUACAAUCUGGAGCUGAACAACACUAAUGUGGUUGAUCACACAACACAUGACUUCAUCAAGAAGAAUGGAGUGGUUUUCCUACUUGAUGAUUAGGAAAAUUGCACCAAGCAAAGCAUUUCAAGUUUCGAAUGAAUGAUAGGCUGGAGGGAUAGUCAUGCAGUUUAUGCUGUUUAGAGCACUUCCAAUAUAUACCUUACAUAUGUACCAUAAAUAAGGGCUGACUAGCAUUUGCUUUCUGGCUUUUGCUUGUUCUGUGAACAACUGUAAAUAGUAGCAUUUAUUUAUCUUACACUCGGCUACAACACUAUGCCCUGGUAAUUGGUCUGUAUUUGUAAAUGCAGCUCAAGUUAAACUCUGAAUUUAGUCCUAUCCAACUAUUACUAAAAGAAAUUAUCAUUCAACAUAAAUUUUUCAUGUUUU